AUGGCCCUUCCUAAUCUCAGAUCUAUAUUUGCUUCGUCCCGGACAUCAGAGGAAGAAAGACAAUUAUCCCGAACUACUUUUUACAGAUUCACCGCUUUUGUAGGAGCUUGCUUGGCAAUAUCCCUCCUGGCAGCUCGUAAUUCCGGCAGAGAUUUCGGUGGGAAAGCUGCCAGAGGCGUAGUAGGAAUGGUAUCUGGUUCCCAAGGCAAGCUGGUAUAA